UUUUGUCCCCGACGACGUGCCGUAAAUGUUUCCAAAAUGGCGACUGGAGUGCGCAGGCGCAGUACGGGUUGUGCCGCUGUCAGACCCGGUUGCCUGGAGGUGACUGCAUGUGACCACGACAUGGCGUCACGUCUGAUAACCAAGAGGAUGUUUUGCGCUGCGAAAGAGACGGCAAGCCUACCUCACUCAAAAAGUCGUUGGGAAAAACUGAAAAAUAGCAAAGCAGGUGUCUGGAGUCGCGGUCUGGCCUCCGACUACAAAGAAGCUUGCCGGGAAAUGCUUGUUGGCAUGUACGAGCGUCCGGUCAAAGCAUCGGUCUACGUCUCUCUGCUCGGGGGAGCAUUAGCGUGUUUCUUCUCCAAACCCGAUAGAUCUUCCUUUGACGCCGCUCUGCUGGAGCGCUCCGGUCAGCUGGGUCUGCUGUCCUCGUGGAUCCGCAGCGGAACCUCCGAUAAACACGUGCAAAAUCUGCUUCAGCUCCGCAAUGAGGGCCGCCUGCGGCACAUCAACCUGGGAUUACUAUCUCUGGUUUAUUUUGCCGACCACGACCCUGACAGCACGCUCUACGAAGCUCAGUGUUCCAGUUUGUCUGUACUUUGGAGGAACUUACCUGGGCGGGUCAUGGACGUGGGCUUUGCUGGCCGCUGGUGGGUUUUGGACUCAAAGAUGGCGAACUUUGACGUUAACGAAGAUGAAUUCACGCGCCUGCCUGCGCAUAUGCAAGCAACAACGCCACCCAGUGUUCAAGAGGUGGAGUUGAAUGAGCGGCUGCACAGAGAGUCCUGGUUAGCGCUGAAACUAGAAGCUGAGAAGUAGAUCCGUGUUAAGGAUGGACAAAAAAAGCCAAUAUUCAGGCAGAUGACAUGUUGAACUGGUCGCCGUUUGCUUUAUCAAGAACGGCGUAUUAUGUAACUCUUGAAGAAUGCAGAGAAUUCAAUCAUGUAUCAAUAAAUGUGUUAUACCGGGAAAAAGCUGAAA